CAUCGUCUCCGGACCGUUGUUCGUUGUUCGUCGUUCGCCGUCUUCACGAAUCACUGUACGUCACCGUGGUGAAGCAAGCAUCCGUCACUGCCUUGCCUGUGCCAUCCCCACGGCAUUCCCACAACACUCCUACAGUCCAUACGUACUUACUUUCCCAUGCUCAGUCAGCUUCCUCACCAGCACAGAAGUCUUCUUCCUCAGCCUCCGCCUCCGCCUCCGCCUCUGCCUCCACAUGCUCGCAGCGAUCUCUCGAAGUGCAGGGCUCGUGUUAAUACUGCACGUGGUGCAGAUCUUGCUCUCUUCCCGGUAUUUGAUCAGUAUUUGCCUGUGGCGCCACUUGCUCCCACGCAGUUCUCCCACGCAGUUCUCCCACAAUCAGUUCGGGCACACCUGAACCUACACCUUCGAGCUUCCUGGUUGGCCCGCCGCACCACCUUUGCUGCCAAGAGAUACGAAAAGCAUUGGAGCCCACUUGCGUUCUCCACGUCCUCGAACUUGGCCAAAGCUGGCUUACUGCCGCUGCCAACCUGCACCUGCGCCUCGACUCUCUCUACCUUCGCCUUCCAGCAAGCCGCCGAUGAUUCCUGCUUCAAUCACCAACAAUUGGAGAACGAAAGUCAAAUGUUGACUCUUCGCUCUCUUUACGUUCGUUCCUUUCGCCGUUGACCUUUGCUGUGGCUCGUCGCCGGAUACGCUCGCUCUGCCUUGGAAGGCAUCCCUGGCCUGGCAUAUCGACUUUUAACAUUCCCGUUAUCGAAAUCAAGGCACGCCGUCAUCGCCUAAAUCAAUCACCGGCCCACUCGCGGCCAGCUCUAUCAACAGGCUUGAAGAGCAUUCGAUGCCCCACUGUUCAGAAGCUGGCAU